UCCUGAUUUUACAACUGUUUUGUCGCUCACGUUCCUGCGGCGCAACCCUGUAUCUCCUUCUCAUCUUCCAGCGAAACAAUUUCUAAGCAGCAUCGCUACACCUCUGCACAGCACAUUAUGGACUUUACUGGAAACAUUUUAAUACAUCGAAACAUAUCAAAGAAGACAAGGGUGGCACACAUUGAAAAUACUAUUUUCUAUAUACCUUUUCCCUUUAUAGCUUAUGGAGCGAUAGCGAACUUUCAGCGGAUUUUAUGUCUUCUCCAGGCAGCCCUGACGUGGUCUGAAUGAAGAAAGAGAGAGGAGCCACUUACCUGUAUCUCAAAACACUAUCUGGAUUGUGGGAGGCAGAGAACAAGAGAGGAGAGGGAGGAAUGGAGAGAGGGAUUAGAAACUAAUCCAGGACACAGCCAAUCCCAGAGGAGCUCCUUUUCUUCCAAGACGCAGACAAAACAGUCGCACGGAUUACUGCACUUUAGUGUAUUGUCUUUUUUUUUAAAGCAUUAUCCCUUUUGUAUGGUGUUUCAUUGUCCCUAAAUGCCUGGUGUCCCGGUCCUGUGGUAAAUUUGCUGAACUGUACAACAAAGGAUAAAAGAGGACAACAGUCCUGAUGAGAGGGGAGCGAAGUGACAGGAUGUCCCAUGGACUGUGUGGUGCCACACGCAGAUAAAGCUCUUUAGUGGAGACGACAUGUGUGAACGGACCCCAUGCUCUUUCUGCUGGGUCUCAGAGGGACUGAAAGCUGACACCCCUGUGGACGGUACAUUCAGGAUCAAACUUCUAUGAGGGAAUACUAAAACGACUGAGUGGCUAGUGAGUGACAGGUUGGAGAUAUUUUAGUUGUUGAUUACAGGGGAGUAUAAGGUGAGGUUGCUUUCAAAGCAGGAUUACAAAUUAGUUUCUGGAAACACUUACUGUAUCUGAAGGGAAGAAGGACUUGAUUGAGGAAACCUGCGGCAGCCUAGAAACCUCCAUCAUUAACUGGAAGGACCUGAGUUGUCAGUUAAGUGACUAAGUAUCAAGUGUGUGUUUUGGUAUUUGAGUGCAGUGUGUUCAUGUGUGUAGGUGCAUUAGAGAAGAUUAUUAGAUGACAAUCAAAGGUGUCAGCCUAUUGAGUCACUCCUCAAUAAGCCAUAUCUAAAGUGACCUGGUUGGUGAGAGUUGUUGUCUUGGUGUUGAAGCCUGUAGCGGUAAGAAGAGAAAGCACUGGGUGAGAGUGAAGUGGUAAUAAAGGGUGUUUUAAAGCUGACAUAAUCCCAUUACAGUUCCUUAACAAGUUAUUUAUAAUCUCCAACAUGUUUAUUGGACAGAGCACACAGCCUGACUCCUAUCUACUGUACUGUGCCAAGUCGAGAAGGAAUUUUAACUAGGUUUACAGAAAACAUAAAUAUUUCUUCUCAUUUUACGAGGAUCUCGUAAACCUCUGGCAAGGUGAUUAGUGUCUAGACGGGUGGGAUGUUCGUUAACUGUUUGUAAACAAGACCUUGGAUGGUUUUCACAGAAAGGGGUCUCUAGGUAACACUGCUGGCUGUCCAGCCUUGACAGAAGACAUUGGUGCUCAUUUUAAAGGAGGUAGGUAUAGACUUCAGUUUGGACUGAUCCUAAAAAGAGAAGAACAAUAAUAUUUUUUUGUAACGCCUCAUUGCUUAACUUUGAGAGGGAAGUUUAAGGACCUGUAUAUUUGUGUUGCUGAAGGGAAAGGUGCAUUUAAGUGACCUAAUUAUAGAAAUUGUUGUGCACGUCUAAGAUUGAUUUAGCUCUAGAAACGUUCACAGGUAUGAGCUUGCCAACAGAGAGAGCAUCAUAGUUAUAUUGUUAGUGUUCACAAGCAGAAACACAAGUUCAAAAUAACAGUCAGGCACUACUCCAAUCCACAAAGAGUGAAAUGUAUUUUGUCUGAUCGACAGAAUAUGAGCAUCUCUUGGUAUUCUCUCACUCUUUCACUGCACAAAUACUGGAUGAGUUAUCUUUCACUGUCAGUAUAUAUUUGGAGCCGCAACUGGAUAUAUUUUCUGAACUGACAUUCAAAAACCCACCGUCUGGAAAAAGCCUAGUGGAUCCCAAGCUCUCAGACCACGUAGGCUGUGGUUAUUCCAGAAUCCCUGGGAUGUGUCAUUCCUCCUCUUUUUAUUCCUCAUGACUGAAAGCUGCUGGGAAGGAGGACAGGAUUUCUUUGAGGCUGGAGUCAUUCUAAAGCACAGAAUUGGCCCUGAGAGAGAAAGCUUUGAAUGUUGACUGACUCCAAUAGAUAACCAUCAUUCAGCUGAAAACUUCAGUGGGACUUCCUAAAGCCAAACUGCAGGCUUACGCUCGAUGAAUAGCUGGCACUUGCUGCCGUGUGGAGAAUGUAUUCUACACACAUUCUCAGCACACAAUUUGUGUUUUUCUUUUUUUUAAGGAUCCAGAAAGUUGUUUAAGUGUCUUUUAACACUCAUUUUACAUUGGAAAAGUUGACUGAUUUCUUACUGAAUUUUUUAUCCCCCUGAUUAAUUAUAUUUAAAGGGUAUUCAUCUCUGCUACCAUGAGUCUGGGAAAACUGCCAGGGAUUAAAGGCCUAGUGUCAGGCUCUCAGGGGAAGAGGCGCUUUAAGAGCGAACUCUCCGUGGACAUGAUCAGCCCACCGCUACCAGAUUUUCGCCACACCAUGCACGUGGGCCGUGGUGGCGAUGUGUUCGGAGACACCUCCUUCCUUAGCAAUCAUGGGGGCAAAGGGGAACCAGUGAGCCCCGAUUCACCCACCAGCAGCACAAAGACCACCCGCUUCUUCUCCCGCACCCUGAGGCAUGUACGCCGGUCCCCUGUGCCCCGUGCCAGGAUCGGUUCCCGUGACCUUUCACCCCCACCGCCUCCUGUCUCACCCAUCAUCAAGAACGCCAUCUCACUGCCCCAGCUGAACAUUGACAUGCCCAACGGCUACCAGAGGGUGCUAUUCCCCAGCUCAGUGAGCUCCCCAGAUGCCUCCCUCUACAGCUACGGUCUGCAGUCUGGUUUCGUCACACUACCCCGCCACUCCCGCCUUGAUAAACAGCUGCAGGACGGCACCGGACUGUUCGCUCAGAACUUUAGCUGUGGCUCGCUCCCAGACAACGACGGCUUCGCGCUGACGCGCUCCGACUCCUUCACCUCUUUCACAGUGGACCUUGGCCCCUCCCUCAUGAGUGAGGUUCUGGGCAUGAUUGACAGCCCCAGUUGCCUCACUAUGCCCAAUCACAACUGGGAGUUGGGGGAAGAGGAGGAAGAGGAGGAGCAGAGCUCUGUGUUUGAGCUGGCUGUUCAGAGCCCCAUGCUAAGCUCAUCAAACCCUUCCAUGUCAAGCACUCCGCUCAAAAUGAAUGUGAACAACAGGGGGCGCUCUUGCAGCUCAGAGUGGGCAGAGGGAGAGGAGGAGGAUGAGAGGUCUCUUAAGACGCCAGACGCAUCUAUGGGGUCUCCUACACAGGUAGAACCAGUUAUGGAAGCUGAGAGGUUCCAGAGGGCAGCUGACGUGCUGGCGCGUCACUACGGGGGAGGCUCCUUCUCCAGGAGUCAUCGCAGCGAUUCUGCCUCCUCCUCCUCACCCCUCAGCCAGCCUAAAGCCCCCUACGCCUUCCCUGAGGAAGAGGAGAUCAAAGUCUGAAACAUUUACCAAAUGUCUAUCCUUGUGAGGAGAAGAACCCUUUUGAUCAUUAGACUACUUACUGGGUGACAUUGGUUCUGAAUCCUUGCACUCAAGACCUUCAGAGGGAUCCAUGUUUUUCUAUAAACCUUUUACAUGAAUGAUUUGAAUUGGAAAGCUCCUCCUCAUAACGAUAAGAGCUCUCUUGUCUACCAUCUAACAACUGGAUCAAUACUGUCUCUUGUUCAGUUCUAGAGAAGCUUGUGUAGAGUUUCUCAGACAUGAUCUGACAGCAACAUUGGACAGGGUACAUAUAAAAAACAACCUUUAAAACAUGACAGGUUUCAUUAUAUCUUCAUAAGAAAUAUACCUUAUACUAAGCAGAUCCCAUUAAACUGUCAUUACAUUCUGGGAUGGAUCAAUCUCUUGAUAUUGCGCAAUUCUGUGCUAUAGCAGCUGCAGUACAACAGUCACACAAGAUAUCGUACAACAACCAGAAGGAAGUACACAGGGAUCAUGAGCCAAGGCUGUCUGUCAAAAGCACUCAUAGUGGUCAUUCACAGAAGUAAGGAACAUAAUAUGUUUUAUUUUUAGAAGACAAAGGUAGGAUUUCCAGCCUAAUGACACACUCCUUCUGUGAAAAGGAUUGAAAGGGGAAAUAAAACAUGACUAUCUGCAAAACUAUUUGUCACAGUAUGUGGAUACUAAAGGGACAAUACAUUUUGUUUUGUUUGAUUUUGUUUCUAUCCACCUGACCUAAAUUGACAUAUCUUCAGUGACAAAAUCAUCUAUGUUUUUUAUUCAGAGUUCCGUGGUCACAGUUUUUACUUUCAGUUAGACCUAACACAAAGCCAGUUUCAUCAUUUAUCAUUUCCUGAGAAAAGUUUGAAAGGAAUAAAGCUUUUCUCACUAAUAUCUGGAAUAAUAUCUGAGAUUGCACUGCAUGCUAAAGUUGAAAUGAAGGGUGUGUCCUGUAAAAUGUAUCAAACUAAUUUGGGUUACACAGCCCCAUAAUCGUUUAAACCUAUAGCUGCCUUACAGUGAUAGUUAUUGUCAAGUACUUUUUCCAAGUAUGUUUGUUCUCAGUGUUAUGUUCAUACAUGUGAGUAUACUUUUUUUUAAAUAACAAGGAAAAAAAUGCAUUGUCAUACAUGAAGGUAAUCAAAUUAAGUUGAAUAUUAGCUAUGUUCAUAAGACUACAGGCACUCUACUUAAAAUGACCAGUACAGACUUGUAUGUGAUGUCACAUAUGAAUACAGUAUGUAUACGGAAUAAAAUAUGACUGUAUAAUUUCAUCCAUUUACCAGUAGCUGUCGUAGCAGUUAUAUUCUUAAUAAAUACAGUUUUUUAAUAA